AUGAAGAGCAACAACAACAACAACAACGGCAAUGGCAACACAAAGCUCAUCCUCCUCCAUCCAUACAUCCAAAAGCAAGGCACCUCGAAUCGGGUAUGGCUCCUCGCGGUCCUCACCUUCUUCACCGUCGCCUUCCUGCUCACCUUGAUCUACACUCGCGACGCCCUGGUCAGGUCCCCCAGAUCCUCAAUGAGAUCUGUGGUCCCCACGGCUUCUUCUUCUUCUUCUUGUGGUGGGGCAGCAGCAGCAGCAUCGGCCGGUGCUGCUGUCCCACCGCCUCUCCCCACGAGCGUGAUCAGCACGCUCGUGCACUACGCGUCCCGCUCCAACGAGAGCUUCCACAUGACCCACCCCGAGCUCAAGUCGAUCUCGGACGUCCUCCGCAAGUGCUCCCACCCUUGCAACUUCCUCGUGUUCGGGCUGACCCACGAGACCCUCCUCUGGAAGGCCCUCAACUACCACGGCCGGACCGUGGUGGUCGAGGAGAACCGCUACUACGCGGCCUACUUCGAGGAGCUCCACCCGGACAUCGACGUGUUCGAUGUCCAGUACACGACGCGGGCCGGCGAGAUGGACGAGCUCCUCGCCUCGGCGAGGGAGCUCGCCCGUCAGGAAUGCCGGCCCGUGCAGAACCUGUUGUUCUCGGAGUGCAGGCUCGCCAUCAACGACCUCCCCAACCACAUGUACGACGUGGAUUGGGACGUGAUCCUCGUCGACGGGCCCCGCGGUGAGGGAACCGAGGCGCCCGGGAGGAUGAUGUCGAUAUUCACGGCGGGAGUGCUGGCCAGGAGCAAGAAAGUCGGCGGGAAGACGCAUGUGUUCGUCCACGAUUACUACAGGGAUGUGGAGCAGAUUUGUGGGGAUGAAUUUCUGUGUGGGGAGAAUUUGGUGGAGGCGAUUAACGGGAUGUUGGCCCAUUUCGUGGUGGAGAGGAUGGAGAAGGAUAGCUUCCAGUUCUGCCGGGAACAAAAUGGGACGGCGGCGGCGGCGGCAGCGGCGGCGAGAUCAGGUUUGUAA